AGCGGCGGCAGGAGCUGGGCGUAGUAAGGGGGAUGAAGUCUCCUCCUUCUCCCGCCGAAGGCCUUAAAUACUGGCCCGGGACUCUGGGUACGGUGAGAGGGAAUCUGGAGGAGUGGUAGCUGUGGGGCACUAAGGGAGGAGCCGUCGGAGCCCUCGGAAUAGGAACGGAAGCUUGGAAGUGGUACAAUCAUGUUCAAAAUUAAGAAGAUCUGUUGUAUCGGUGCGGGCUAUGUUGGAGGACCCACGUGUAGUGUCAUAGCUCAGAUGUGCCCCGAGAUCAGGGUGACGGUUGUUGAUGUCAAUGAAUCAAGAAUCAAUGCGUGGAACUCUCCUUCGCUUCCUAUAUAUGAGCCAGGACUAAAAGAAGUGGUAGAAGCCUGUCGAGGAAAAAAUCUAUUCUUUUCUACCAAUAUUGAUGAUGCCAUUAAAGAAGCCGAUCUCGUAUUUAUUUCUGUGAACACUCCAACAAAAACCUACGGAAUGGGGAAAGGCCGGGCAGCAGAUCUGAAGUAUAUUGAAGCUUGUGCCAGACGCAUUGUACAAAACUCACAGGGCUAUAAAAUUGUGACUGAGAAAAGCACGGUUCCCGUGAGGGCAGCAGAAAGCAUUCGUCAAAUAUUUGAUGCAAACACAAAACCCAACUUGAAUUUACAGGUUCUGUCCAACCCUGAGUUCUUGGCGGAAGGAACAGCUAUCAAGGACCUAAAGAACCCAGACAGAGUACUGAUUGGAGGGGAUGAGACCCCAGAGGGCCAGAGAGCUGUGCAGGCGCUGUGUGCUGUGUAUGAGCACUGGGUGCCCAAAGAAAAGAUCCUCACCACUAACACUUGGUCUUCUGAACUUUCCAAGCUGGCAGCGAAUGCUUUUCUUGCCCAGAGAAUCAGCAGCAUUAACUCUAUAAGUGCCCUCUGCGAAGCAACAGGAGCUGAUGUAGAAGAGGUGGCAACGGCCAUUGGAAUGGACCAGAGGAUUGGAAAUAAGUUUCUGAAAGCCAGUGUUGGAUUUGGUGGGAGCUGCUUUCAAAAAGAUGUUCUGAAUUUGGUUUAUCUCUGUGAAGCUCUGAAUUUGCCUGAAGUAGCUCAUUAUUGGCAGCAGGUCAUAGAUAUAAAUGACUACCAGAGAAGGAGGUUUGCUUCCCGGAUCAUCGAUGGUCUGUUUAAUACAGUGACGGAUAAGAAGAUAGCUAUUUUGGGGUUUGCAUUCAAAAAGGACACUGGCGAUACGAGAGAGUCUUCUAGUAUAUAUAUUAGCAAAUAUUUGAUGGAUGAGGGUGCACACCUCCACAUAUAUGAUCCGAAAGUACCAAGGGAACAAAUCGUUGUGGAUCUGUCUCAUCCGGGCGUCUCGGAGGAUGACCAAGUGUCCAGACUUGUGACCAUUUCCAAGGAUCCAUAUGAAGCAUGUGAUGGUGCCCAUGCUGUGGUCAUUUGCACCGAGUGGGACAUGUUUAAGGAAUUAGAUUAUGAACGUAUUCACAAGAAAAUGCUGAAGCCAGCCUUCAUCUUUGACGGGCGGCGUGUCCUAGAUGGGCUCCACAACGAAUUACAAACCAUUGGCUUCCAAAUUGAAACAAUUGGCAAAAAGGUGUCUUCAAAGAGAAUUCCAUAUGCUCCUUCUAGUGCAAUUCCAAAGUUUAGUCUUCAGGAUCCACCUAACAAGAAACUCAAAGUAUAAACAUGUCAUUUUGAUUUGUAAUUUUUUUGGUACUUCAGGAUAGCAAGUAUCUAUUUGCUAUUUAAUGGUAAAUGAACCAAGUUUUUAAGGAAACAAAACUAUUUUUUUUAAUAAUCAAUUUAUACUAGUUCUGGGAAUCUGCAUACCUAGUAAUUAUGAAUCUAUAAUAUUUUUUACAUAUUUUUAUAAUAUUGUUACCUCAGUGAUUGGAUGAGUGGCAAGAAAUCAAUCAUGUUGAUUUCAAUGGUGUCAAUUUUUGUAAAACAAAACCUUCAAACACUUUUUACCUUAGAAAAUACGUAUCUGUAGGCUGCACUUUAAUAUCACAUUGUAAAAAGAAAGGCACUUUUCAGUGUUUGUCAGUUCGAUUAGUUGUCAUUGAAUAUGUAUUUUAAAUCAUAAAAUUGCUUGCUAAGUACUGGGCAAACCCUGUUCACCUUUCAGAAAGUGUCCUGGGGAUUUUAGAGGUUCCUGGCUCACCUGGGUGAGGUGUCUUCCAGAGCAUUUCUUGUCACCGCGAAUUUAGGAGGGGGAUGCGAUGGACAGAAUGGGGCCUUUCGUGUUUUUUCUUUUUAAUGUUUUAAUAUUUUUUCCUGUGCUUCCAUGUAAGAAGUACCCUUUCGUUUUAAUAAACUGUGUUAUUGGGUUUUUUUAGCCUAAAAAGGUCAUCACUAAUUCAUUUCCAAUCAAUUCAAAUAAGAUUAAAGGCAUUUUUUUUUUAAAACAGGAGGGAACAUCAGUACUGGGGUCCAUUUCAUUUCACUUCUCAAGAGUUUUUCCUCACUGAUCAUUAUUUUUUAGUCCAAGAGCCAAAAAUAUUUAUCUUGAACUUGCAUUUUUAUUUUUAUUAUUUGUUGCAAGUUUUCCCCUUUUUCUUUAAAUAAGAAAGCCAAAACUUAAAGACAGGUUUUACAAAUCAUGUAUAAUUCUAUAAUAAGAAUUUUUGUAUUUGCAUCUUUUUUCUUAUGUCUCUUUCUGACUUACAUUUGAUUUCUGUUCUAUUAUUACUGAAAUGUAUCAGCUCUCCAUUCGAUGUUUAUGUUCUGCUAAGAGUAUACAAACUGUGUUAAACAGAUACAGGCCUUACCUUUAGGAAUUAGUGCGGUUCAGGAAGAACAGUGACAAGUAUAAAGAUAAGGACAGAAACAUCUGUACAGAUAUCAAAUACACAAAUAAAAUAUUCUGCAAAAACAA